UUGGCGCACUUUUGGGUUGUUGUAUAUCUGGGCUGGUUUAUUUACUCUGUAUUUGUGUGUGUUUGUCCGUGUGUGAGUGUUUGUGUUAGAGGGGUGGGGGUGUUGUGGAAAGACAAAGCAGCUCAGACUGAUACCGGAAAAGAUAAGUGAAAGAUCUCUGUAUUUUGUUCACAAUGGCAACUUUGUCCUAAAAGAGACGGAGAGAAAGAGGGAGAAGGAGUGACCUCGGUGGAGCUGUUAUUUCAACUAAGAGUAGUUUGUGAUGGAAAUGAGCAGUGGGAUGUGUGCAAAUGCAAUUAGGCAGUGCCGAACAGGCGGAAGGUAUCUAGCCAUUAAGGAAACAAAAGAACUAAAUGCAAUCCCACAAAUAGUGGUGCAAAUUUGGCCUUUUUUCAAAGAAAGAGCGGGAAAAUGAAAAGGGAAAUCAGUGUCAAGUUGCUUUAUAUUAUUUCUCAAGCUUUUAAUACUACCACUAUGGCGCUAUUUUGAGCUGGCAUUUUGUUGAGAAAUCGAUAUUGGGCCACCUGAAAUCUCGCUUCAAUUACUUGUUAUGCCCAAUUAUCCAGCCUAAAGACCACUAGCUUAGGUUUAAUACGCUACACAUUCCCGCCUGUGUUUUCUAACCGACACAGUUUCUUUUCAGUUAUUUAAAUGGUAUUUAAUACAGCAAAGAGCGAGCCAGAUUUAUAUUAGAGCAGCAGCCGGAGGUUUGGAAGAGAGUUGGUUGAGUGAGAAGCAUAACAGUAAUGGAGAGUAGAUGAAAGGAGUUAUUACAUUAUUGAGUGCUGAUUUAUUAGCCUCUGCCAGUGGCGAAGUUUAGUAGUGUAAUUGGCGCAGUGGAGUGUAAGCGAAGUGCAUUGGCAAUAGAUCCGAAUGGACGUGUGUGUUGCAAGUGAGAAUUCUCUCUGGGCUCCCAGCUUCAAAUUGAGCUUCUGAUCUUGUCACUUCUAGACUUCUUCGCUCAAUUCGCCCUCCUGACAACACAAGACAAGACAAGACAACGCAAGACAACACAACUCAUACAAGACAGUUCUCACCGGAACUGCUCCGCCAUCUCCGCCUCAUCCAGUGCGUAAACAGCCGCCGGAGAAACACCCUACCUCUUCGGCGCCACAAACCCCGAGGACUUCCCCGCCACCGCCGCCCCCAGUUCCCCACAGAUUCAAACUCCUCCCCUCGAAUCCGAUUCCAGCUCAGGUGAAACUAACUUCCCAGGCGGCCUCGACAGUCGCCCUAUCGUCAUCAGCACCGACAGUCGUAGCUGCGGCGACAAGCACUGCAAACCCGACAAGUGUCGUUGUUCCGGCGAGGAGUUCUGCGAGUAGUAAUUACGCUAACAGCGUUGUCACCUCUGCUGUCACUGGCUACAACUAUAUUGGCCAGUACCAGUCUCAGACGACAGGCAGAGGGAUGGGCGACGACCAGAGUGACACGCGCAUGCCACUCUACACAGACGAGGCCUUCCACGAGGGAAUCCGCUUCAAUGCAAAGUAUGUGGGCAGUCUAGACAUUCCGCGGCCGGCCACCAAGGCUGAGAUUUUGGCUGUCAUGAGACACAUUCGAUUUGAGUUCAAGACGAAGGCAGUGAAGAAGAAGAAGGUGAAGAUAGUGGUCAGCAUCAACGGGGUCACGGUCACUGUGCGCAAGAAGAAAAAGGGCACGGAAACAGAAGAUACGCAAGACACGGAGGAAGAGAACUCACAUCGGUAUGAUGAUAAGAGCUUUAGAAGCUGGGAUGACAGUCAGAUGAUUCUUCUCCAGCAUCCAAUUCACAGAGUGUUCUACGUGUCGCACGACUCCCAGGACCUGAAGGUGUUCAGCUACAUCUGCAAGGACAAGGACACCGGAGUGGAACACGUGAAGAGCUUCAAGUGCAACGUGUUCAAGUCCUACAAGAAGAGCCAGGCGAUGCGGAUAGUGCGUACAAUAGGACAGGCGUUCGAGGUGUGCCACAGAUACCACACUGCCACCUCCAGAGACGGCUCAGAGAUCGAUCACGCCUCCUCAGUCAGAUACCAGGAGUCCAUCGAUGGGGGAGACAAGAACAGUCUGCAGGCACAAGACACCAGUCCCACGAAGAGUGUGGCCAAUGCCUCCUCCCCCUCAGUGGGGGACCACAACCAGCACCACCCUCAACCUCACUCCUCCCCCCUUCCUCCUCAUUUGGACCAACAGCAGCAGCAGCAGCAGCAGCAGUACCAUCACUCCCAGAACAACAACAUUGCCGCGGCCGCUCUUCCCCAGCAGGUCGGUCAUCACCCUCCGACCACGCCCGGGUCCAUGCACAAAGAUUACGGAUCACAACAGCAGCAGCAGUACCAGGGCAGCCAGCCACUUCCACCGAACAACACAAGCCAGUCAGUCGGAGGAGGGGGAGGAGGAGGGGGUCCCGGAGGAGGCGCCUCCGCCUACAACCUUGCUCAACAUCAUCACUCUGCUUCCAAUGUGUCACAACACGCGGCCACCGGAAACGCCCCAUCCAACCAAGGUGGGGAAAGUACUCAUUCAGAUUCCACUCACACCGUCCACUACUCUGCUCAAAGAACCCCCACCAACACGCCAGGUCCCCACCAGUAUCCUCCCCCCUCACAACAGCAGCAGCACUUGUUGGGCGACAUGGAGGGGGCACACAUGGAUUAUCCGCCGGCAAGGCCCCAGACUGCUGCCGCCAUGCACAGUGAUAUGUUCACGUCUGCUCACAAACACGUGGACUCCUCCACGUCUGUCACUCCUCCGACCUCCCUCUUCGGUCAGCAUGUUGUGGCGGAGAGUGCUGGCUACAGCCAUGGCCCCAAUAUUCCACCGCCGCCGCCCGGGAUGCACAACCCAGACAUCAUGCAACAGCAUAUUCAUUCGAACAUGGAUCCAAACAAAAUGGGCUACAACUCGCUUCCGCCAUACGCAGCGGCCCAACACGGUGCUUUCAACUAUGCUUCAUACAACCCAGCCCCAGGCCACCCUGUGCCACCAUCUCACCACCCCACCCAUCAAUCCCUGCCCCCAUCUUCACACUACCCCAGCACACUACCGGGCGGCUUCAAGAGCCACUACGGAAGCCCCCCUCAUCAACCAGUGUCCAUGUACAGUGCCACUGCACAACAACUGGAGCACGAGAUCUCAGGACUCAUUCGCUCGGCGCAUACAAGGUCGCAGCACUCCUCGGGCACUUCGGAUACGACUCAGAUGUUCACAGGCGCCUCAGGGAGCACCGGGGCGGCCGCCGCCUCGAAUGUGCCCACCAAUCUAUCAAGCUCGGCCUAUCAUCAGCUGGCGUUGAUUCAGGAGCAGCUGACGCAGCAGCAGAGUGAGACACAGGUGGCCAUUGCACAAGUGAGACUGCUGAAGGACCAGCUGGUGGCGGAGAGCUCUGCCAGGAUUGAGGCACAGUCCAGAGUCCACCAGCUCCUCAUCCAGAACAGAGACCUCCUAGUCUACAUACAGCAGCUAGUCGCACAGCUCAACCAGUUACAAGACUCCAGCGGUGUCAUCCCCAAGUUCACAGGUAUGGGCUCGAUUCCGGGCGUGGGCGGGGUGCCCCAGGGUGGUACGGGCGGGGGAGGAGCGGCGGGACAGCUGUCUCUCUCGCUGCCACACAGUCUGUUGGCAGGACUGGGACUGAGCGCAUCUCAGGCGGGCGGGGGUUCUGGAUCGGGACCGGGCAGUAACACGGCAUCGCCCUCUAACACUUUGUCCAGCAACCAAAUGAAUGUCCAGAUGCAUCAUGUCAACCCAGUCAAGGUGGACAAGAUCACCCCUCAGUUCACAUCAGCCGCCAACUCAAACUCAUCUGAUCAAACCCCCCUCCUCACAAACAACAACACCAAUGCCACCCAAUCAUCCUCACCACCCAACACCAACUCUGCUAUAAACAACAGCAGUACUUCACAAAACCAAUGUAGUCACCGCCUGUCUUACCCUCAGACUAGACUCUCUCAGCUCCAUCAACACCAGCAAUAUAUGACGUCAUCACACUCCCCUCUGCUCGCUUCUAAAAACCAGCAGCGAUCCAGCUUCCCCGGAAUGGACCAAAACAUCCUCCUAACUGCCGAUACAAGUUAUGGCGACGAUGACGAGGGGGGAAACGGGGUAGAAUUAGAGUCCCCAUCUAAGAAGCCAUUUAUGUGCGGUAUUAUUAUUACUCCCCAAUUAAGUGAAGCUCCGGUCAGCCAAACCGAUGCUAAUUCUACGACUUGUAUGGAUUCUAAAAACGAAGCUGCCUCUCGAAGAAGUGACAACGAUGAACAGCCGCAUAUUAAACAGGACCAAAGUCACACCUCAUCAAGUGUAUCAAAGGCAGCAACUUCAAACAGCAGUGCCACUUUUGAGGACCAAGUCACAAAACUGGAGGAGAUUUCGCGACUCAUUUCCAAACAACUGGCCCUAGCAGAGAAGGUUGCAGCACGGAACAAAGCGGCUCUAGAAGCAACUGGAUUAGUGGUAGACAUGGACUCGGGAAGCUCAAACGAAAGUGGGAACGGAGACGCCUCAUCGGCACUGAGGUGUUCCAGCAACGCCACUGCGGCCGCUUUGGCAGCUGCGGCCAAGCGACAGUCGAUACAUCGAGCUAGCAUUGCAUGCAGUCCAAUACCCGAAGCAGAAAUGCUGAAUGCCGCCACAUCAUUCGAGGACUUGGGAGCCUACAACGCAAUAUACAAUGCAGUUGCCGCACACGUGGAUGCAUCUGUUUUGGAGAACAGACAAAACGACCAGCUGCUGUUGGGAGAGGGGUCAGGGCUGAGCAAACUGUCAGCAUCACAAAGGUCACUUCCAGCUCUGCUUCCCAGUCACUUCUCCUUCAUGCCACCAGUUCCUUCCACCAACUUCCUCCCGAACGUGAUCCAGAACCCAGCAUCGCCCGGAUUCCCCCCAGUCGCUAAUUUGGCCACAUCUGCCGCCAAUAGCUAUACGUCUUCAACUGUUCCUAGAAAUGCAGCCUCACAGUCAGCAGAAGCCCACAACGGGGAUCGAACCCCGGUCGGAGGCGAUGAACACCAGCAGCAGCAGCAGUAUCCACACCCUCCGGCAUCUUUGACUAGAAGUGGAAAUGUAGAUGACUCUAUGCCUCCGCCGCCACCUGCUUCCUACAGUAGACCAAAUGGAACCUCUACUUUAGAAGUUAUCUCAGGAGGAAGCAGUUUCGAUUCUGAUUGCUACGGAAGCACUGGCGGCGGUUCCAAAUCAGAAAGGAUCAACUAUCUAGAGACUACUCUAGGUCCGAAGGUAUACACGACGUCGGUGCCUGGACCAAGUCCAGAAGAUGAUAUGAAUGGCGUCAAUUCGGACGGAGACAGUGGCUAUGACAAGCAGUCUUCCCUCAAUAACAACAGCAAUAACCUCUUCUACCCCGCAGACUCUUAAAAGACAAACAAGGUGCACUGCAGCACUGAAUUUUCAAAAUGCGGCUACAACUUUCUUAAACCUCUGCUGCGACAUGAUUAGUUUCUUUUCUCUCAUACCUUUUCCCAACGAAUUGAGCGGCCAUUUUGUCUAUAUUGUAAAUUAUAAAUUCUUUUGAGGUCUGUCCUUUUUUUCACAAUGCUUGGGUGUCUCAUUUUCAGCUCAAGUUGUAAACUUCACCUUUUGACAUUGUUACCCUGGUUGCUUUUUGCAAUUGGCGUUUAAUUUGUUGAUUAGUCUAAUUUUUUAAUUUGUAAUAAUACAUUUUGUAGUUAUGGGUCUCAUCACUUAUUUAAAGUUUUCUAUUUUUCUAUAUCUCCUCAAAUGCUUGAAUCUGAAUCACUCAAUAUUGAAUAGAAAUAAAUGCACUAAUGUCUAAAUUUUACUAAUUGUGGAUGUUUCAUCACAGUCUACUUAAAUUUGUAAGUAUUUCGUAGUUUCAAUUCAGUGACGGUUAUUUUGUUGUUAAUUUGUCAAAUUUUACAGCCUUAGUCAAAUGACCUAGAAGUCAAUCUAACAUGAAUAAAGUAUACUUAAUUAAAUGGUAUUUGAUUGAUUGACUGAUAAUGAACUGAUCUCUAAGUUGUCAAUAAUUGGUAAUUAAGUUUU